AUGUAAAAAUACGAAGUUCUUGGCAUCAUAGGCAAAGGUUCUUAUGGUGUUGUACUCAAAGGAUAAAAUAAAGAAACAGGAGAAGUAGAGCAAAUUAAUAAUUUAGAUUGUAGCUAUCAAAUAAUAUAUUGGUUCUGAAGAAGAUGAAAGUGUUAAAAAAACAAUCUUAAGGGAAGUUAAACUAUUAAAAAUGCUUAAUCAUGACUAUAUUGUUAAAAUUAAAGAGGCCUUUAGAAGGUAUUUAUAUUAUAAAAUUAUUAAUAGAAAAGGCAAACUUUAUGUAGUAUUAGAAUAUGUUGAAAAAAACUUAUUAGAAUUACUUGAAGAAAAACCGAAUGGUUUAGAUGUAAAAUUUAAUAAUUAUUAUAGCCUGAAUUAGCAAGACGAUUUAUUUACUAAUUAUGUUUAGCCAUUGCAUAUUGUCAUUCACUUGAAAUUUUACAUAGAGAUAUUAAACCUGAAAACCUUCUUGUUAGUGAUCAAUUUGUUUUGAAGGUUUGUGAUUUUGGUUUUGCAAGACUAAUUCCAUAAAAAUAAGGAUAGUUAACUGAUUAUGUAGCAACUAGAUGGUAUAGAGCACCAGAAUUACUAUUGGGAGAUGAAUAUGGUAAAGGGGUUGAUAUAUGGGCUAUUGGAUGUAUAAUGGCUGAAUUAACUGAUGGGUAACCCUUAUUUUAGGGUUAAACAGAAAUGGAUCAAUUAUAUUUGAUUUGUAAAGUUUAAAUUAGUGUGAUAUUUCAUAGUUACUAGGUCCUUUGACUAGUGAAUAAAAAGAAGCUUUUCUUAAGAAUCCUCGUUAUGUUGGAAUGAAAUUUCAUGAAAUCACUAAACCAGACACAAUUGAAAAAAAGUUUUAAUCUAAACUUUCAUUAAAAGCUAUUUCAUUUAUUAAAGGAUUAUUGAAAAUGGAUCCUAAUAAGAGAAUGACUGCAUUUGAGGCAUUAGAACAUCCAUACUUUGAUGGAAUGAGAGAUGAUUAAUAUUAUUAGUUUUUAAAAGAAUUAAGAGAUAAAGAAUAAAUACCAAAAGAUAGAAUACAAUCUGCAAAUAAAGUAGCUUUAAAAUAAACACAAUAAAUUAAUUAAUAAUAAUAAUAAUAAUAAUAAUAAGUAUUAUCAUAAUAAAAAGAUAAUUUAAUAAGUAAUAAAAGAAUUGAUAAAUCAAAUGAAAGGUAUAUAUUUAUAAUAUACUUAUAGAAAAACAUAAUAAAAAGGAAAUAAUAAUAUAUCUGUUGAAAGAGUAAAUAAUUUUGUUAAACCUGCACCUCUAAAAACAGGAGAGAAAAAUAUAGGAGAUUUUAAUGCUUAAGAAUCUAAAUCAAUGCCUAAAAAAGAUGUUAAUUCAUAAUUAGGUUUUUUAUAAAAGAAUGUGAUUAUUGGAUAUUAAGAAGGAUAAUUCGAUAACUUUUUAUAAAAUAAAAUGGCUUAAAAUUAUAAUUAUGAAAUACCUGAAAAUGAUUUAAAUAAUUCAAUUGAAGGAGAGAAAAAGUCUAUGAAUCUUAGGGCUAGAGCAAAGAAAAAAUCAUUUAAUCCUGAUAUUAUUGAAGAUGAUUAAACAACAAUCAUUAAAUUAAAAAGAAAAGAUUAAUAAUAAUAAUUAUUUUAAUAAUAAAUUCCAUCAUAUUAAGUUAAAAAGAAAUCUACUUAAUUAAAGUAAAACUUUUAUCCUACUGAUGAAUAUUCUGGAGAUGAAUAGGAAGUCUAUUAAUCAAAAGAACUUUUGAACAUUUAAAAAGCAUAAAAAUAAUAAUUAUAAUAUAAUUACAAUAUUGGGGAAUGUAGAAAUACUUAAGAAGAUUAGGAUAAGAAUUUAAACAUUGUGUAUAACAAUAUAACUUAUAAUUAUAAUAUUAAUAAUUCUCCUGGGUGGAUGAGCAAGAAAAGAAAUUGA